CACAAAAAAAACUUUCCGUGAUUCAUUGUCUGAGUCUCACGUCAUUGGCGGGUUGGGGAUUGCAUUUUUUUUUUACUGAAUGUAAAUAGCUGAUCUUUUUGUGUGUGUUCUUAAUAAUGAGCUGAGUUUGGGUUCGUGAGUGGUUGUUUUUGUGUUGAAGAUGGAGUGAGGAAUAAGGAGAAGGAAAACGCACUGGGACGCGUCCACCACCGCCAGCACCACCACCACCACCGCCGUGUCUCUCAUACUGGCUUGUUUUUGUGUUCCGACAAUAUUUUGCUAUUUAUUUGUCUUUCUCCUGCUCUGUCCCUUCGCUCAACAUGAGCACAAACCGGACUGCAACACCACCGCGCUUCUACUCCCUCCUCAGGACUGGACUUUGUGAGUUAGCCGGUGUUUACAUUCGCCUUCUGGACCAAAACACAGAAUACUGACUUUAGGCUUUUAAAGGAUCUCGAAGCUUCUUUCUUGAGCGCUCGGAAUAAAAACAAACAAAAACAACAACAACUCCACAAAUGUUUUUGUUUUUAGACCUGCUCCAACUUUUCUUUUUCAACAGCGUAAAAAUGUAAAAUGUUAGCUCACAGGUAACGGUUAAAGCAGUUGUUUUUAAAACCCAAAAGCUGUUCAUAUCGACUUUUCUCAUAACUAGCUCUCAGAGCAACGAGUGUUGUGGUACAGAUAAUUAGUUUCUUUAAUCCGACAUUUCUGCCAAGAAAUGAUCACACAGCAAGUGGAGAUGAAGUCGUGCUUGGGUUGUUUUAACUGCAUCAGGAGAUGAGUUGAAUCAUCAUUAUAAUAAUAAUAAUAAUAGUUAUUAUUAUGAUUAUUAUCAUAUAGGAGUCAAGGGAUUUGGUAGAACUUUGCUUUCACUUUUUCCGGCACUACAAGAGAGGUUAUAAUGUCACUGAAAGCUAUAGCACUUUAUACCUUCCAGAGUGAGAACAAAGAGGAGAUCAGCAUCCAGGAGAACGAGGAGCUGGUUAUUUUUGACGAGAACUCUGUAGACGGCUGGUUACAGGGUGAAAACAGUCGUGGCGAGAGAGGCCUCUUUCCCGCCUCGUACGUGGAAAUCAUUCGGCCACGUUCCAACUCUAACCUGACUGACUACUCUCUGAGCCCUGCAGGCUCCCCUGGGAAAGAGCCCUUCUUCACAUCCAAUACCAACACCAAUUAUGAUGAUGAUGACGAUUACGAUGACUGGGACGACUGGGACGACAACUCGACAGUGGUCGAGGACGAAGACCCUCGUCGGGCGGCGGGUGCCAAUGGGCACUCGCAGCAGAGCUCAUACCCUAACCCUAACGUGCAAUACCGUUCCCGACCCCGCGUGGAGCGCCAGGACAGCAUGUCCAGUUCCAGGAAAGGAAGCAUGGUGGGCCGCAACCUCAAUCGCUUUUCUAGUUUUGUGCGCUCGGGCGUCGAGGCGUUUGUACUCGGCGAUGUGCCUAUGAUGGCAAAGAUAGCCGAGUCCUACACCAUCGAAAUGGGUUCGUGUGGACCUCAGUGGCAAGAAAGUCCUCAGCCUUUCAACUGCUCAAUCGAGGAUCCCACAAAACAGACCAAGUUCAAGGGCAUUAAGAGUUACAUUUCCUACAGAGUCACCCCCAGUCAUACUGGCAGGCCUGUGUAUCGCCGUUAUAAGCACUUUGACUGGCUGUACAAUCGCCUGUUGCACAAGUUCACUGUCAUUUCCGUCCCCCACCUACCAGAGAAGCAAGCCACCGGGCGCUUUGAGGACGAUUUUAUCGAAAAGAGAAAGCGGCGGCUCAUCCUAUGGAUGGAUCACAUGACCAGUCACCCGGUCCUGUCUCAGUAUGAGGGCUUUGAACAUUUCCUCAUGUGUGUCGAUGACAAGCAAUGGAAACUGGGCAAGCGUCGUGCUGAGAAGGACGAGAUGGUCGGAGCGCACUUCAUGCUCACUCUCCACAUGCCUAAAGAGCACCAGGACCUGCAAGAUGUCGAGGAGCGUAUCGAUACCUUUAAGGCCUUCGCCAAGAAAAUGGACGACAGUGUCAUGCAGCUCACGCACGUCGCAUCCGAACUCGUCCGCAAGCAUCUCGGUGGCUUCCGGAAAGAGUUUCAGCGCCUUGGCAAUGCUUUCCAGUCCAUCAGCCAGGCGUUCAUGCUGGACCCUCCGCACAGCUCCGAUGCCCUGAACAACGCCAUCUCGCACACUGGUCGGACGUACGAGAACAUCGGGGAGAUGUUUGCAGAGCAGCCCAAAAAUGACCUGUUCCACAUGCUGGAUAAACUUUCGCUGUAUCAGGGCUUGCUGUCCAACUUUCCAGAUAUCAUUCAUUUACAGAAAGGCGCAUUUGCGAAGGUAAAGGAAUCCCAGCGCAUGAGUGACGAAGGGAAGAUGGAUCAGGAUGAGGCGGAUGGUAUCCGGAAGCGCUGCAGGACAGUGGGCUUUGCCCUGCAGGCCGAGAUGAACCAUUUCCACCGGCGCAGGGAGGUGGACUUUAAAGAUAUGAUGCAGGCCUACUUACGCCAGCAGAUCACAUUCUAUCAGCGUGUGGUGCAGCAGCUCGAGAGGACCCUGCACAUGUAUGACAGCCUGUAGACGAUGACAUUAGAAUGCAGGAACUUAGUAAGCCUGGGUCAAGAGCUCAUCCUGCUUCUGCACAAGAGCUGCUUAUUCUGUCUUUAUCUCCUGGUUUACAGACACCCACAGCUGAGAAAUGACCAAACGAUUCUUGCUCUUAAAGAAAUUGUUUCGGAGAUGAUCAGACCUAUAGAAUAUAUACACUAGGACCAAACACUAGCUCAUGCACUUAAAAUGUCACUUUCUUGGCUCUUUCAUGGCCAAAACACAAGAUUCCAGGGACUUGCACAGUUGCCUUGAUAAACACAUCUUUUUUUAUCUUAUUUUAUUUUACAUAUUCCAUUUAAUUUAAUUUUAUUUGCUAAGUAAAGUUCUUACAUCACUA